AUGAGUUUUAUGCAAUUUUUAAAAAAAAAGGAUCAAGACGAAAAAGGUGGUGAACAGGGUAAAGAAACUGAUAAAAAUGGAAAAAAAGAAAAUAAUAAAAAAGAUGGAAAUAUCACAGAUGGUGAAUCAAGUGAUGGAAGUUAUGGACCAUGUCCUUUAGAAGAAACUGGAAAUGAAAAAGAUAAAAAAAAUAAUAAAAAGGAUGAAAAUGUCACAGAUGGUGAAUCAAGUGAUGGAAGUUAUGGACCAUGCCCUUUAGAAGAAACUGGGAAUGAAAAAGAUAAAGAAAUUGACCAAGAAGAUAGUGACACAAAUGACAAACAACAUGAAAUAAAAGAUUCAUCUGAAUAUACAAAAGAUAAAGCAAAUGUGGUAUCAAAUAAAAGAAAAGUUAAAGAAAAAAAAAAAAGUCACAAAAAAGUGAGAAUAAAUAAUGAUAUAUAUUUAAAAAAUAUUCCAACAAAUAAACAUUAUGAAGUAAGUUAUAUGCACACAGAUGUUGUAACUCAUGUUCUUGUGAGUAAUAAAAAAAAAUAUAUAAUAACAGGAAGUUGUAAUGGAGUUAUAAAAUUUUGGUAUAAAAAUGUAGGAUCUAUUGAAUUUGUAAAACAUUUUAAAGUUCAUUCCGAUGAAAUUAUAUACUUAUUCAUGUCAGAGGACGAAGAAUUUUUAGGAAGUUUAUCAAAAGAUAAAACUUAUAAGCAAUUUGAUAUUAGUAGUUUUGACAUGAAUAUAAUAAUAAAUUUAAAUUUUUUGCCUAAAACGGGAGAAUUUGUUUAUUCUCCAUUUUUUUCAACAUCUGUAAAAGUAGCCAUAUCAUCAAGUGAAAAACCGUGCAUCUAUAUUUAUAAACCUUUAGAAAGCGAUACAUAUAUACAUGCAAUAGACUUAAGUUCUAACAUUAUUGAAAUAAUAAAAUAUAACAAAGUAUACAAUUUAUGUAUAUUAAGUGAUAAUAAAGGAAUUAUUGAUAUAGUAGAUGCUACUAAUUUUAAAUUUCCAAAUAAAAAUAAUAAUAAUCCUAUGAUAAAUAACAGUGACACAGAAAAUAAUAAUAAUGAUUUGGAUAUAUUAACUUCUAUAGAUACAAGAUAUAAUAAAGCUAAAAAACUUGGCUUCUCCUAUAAAAGUGAAACAGAUUUAUACGAAUUAUGUAAAUAUAAAACUUAUGCACUAUGUAUAAAUAUAAGUUCAGAUGGAGAAUUUAUGGUGGUUUUUUCAGAAAAUUAUUUUAUACGUAUAUAUAAAUUUAAAACCAUGAAAUUAUAUAGAGUUUAUGAUGAAAGUACAGAAAUGUAUUUAACUGCACAAAAUGAUCCAUUAAAAAAAAAUUUACAUAUAGAUAGUUUAGAUUUUGGAAAAAGACUUUUUAUAGAAAAAGAAAUAAAAAAACAUAUAAAAAAUCAGAAUAUGAAAUUAGAUAUGGUUAUAUUCGAUGAAUCUAAUCAAUAUAUAAUAUAUACAACUUUUAUUGGUAUAAAAGUUGUCAAUUUUAUUACUAAUCAAUUAUGUUAUAUAAUCGGAAAAAAUGAAACAAAUUUAAGAUAUUUAUCUCUUUCCUUAUAUCAAAAAAUAAUACCUGCUAAUAAAAUUAAAACAAAUGUUCAUGAGUCUUUAUAUAUUAAUGAAAAAAAUAUAUCUGAUUGUGCUUUAUUUUGUACUGUAUACAAAAAAGCUAGAUUUUAUAUUUUUACUAAAAAAAUAAUAAAUGAACAUGAAUUAGAUGAAAGAGAUAUAUAUAAUGAGCAACCAAACAAAAAUGAAUUGAGUUCAUUAUUAUCAACAAAAUCUAUAGAAAACAUUGAAAAAAAUAACAAUACAAAAACACCGAAAAGUGCUAUUAUUUAUACAACAAUGGGGGAAAUACAUAUCAGUUUUUUUUACAAAGAGUGUAAAAAAACUGUUCUAAAUUUUGCAACUCAUUCAACAAAUGGAUAUUAUAAUAAUUGUAUUUUUCAUAGAGUUAUUAAGCAUUUUAUGAUUCAAACUGGAGAUCCAGGGGGAGAUGGAACAGGAGGCGAAAGUAUUUGGGGAAGUGAAUUUGAAGACGAAUUUUUUGAUCAUCUUAAUCACUCAAAACCCUUUAUGGUAUCUAUGGCAAAUUGUGGCCCUAAUACCAAUGGAUCACAAUUUUUCAUAACAACUGUUCCUUGUCCUUGGUUAGAUUUUAAGCACACUGUUUUUGGAAAGGUAACACAAGGAACGAAAGUUGUUUUAGAUAUAGAAAAAGUCCGUACUGAUAAAAGGGAUAAGCCUUUAGAUGAAAUUAAAAUUUUAAACAUAAAAAUUAAUCACUAA